AUGGCAACAAACAAGAAGUUGGAUGAUGAUGUCACCGUUGUCGUAGAUAAACCAGAUGAUGUAAAACUGAAGCGAUCUAUUGGUAUUGUAACCAGUAUCACCAUCAUAGUAGGAUCAAUGAUUGGCUCAGGAAUAUUUGUCAGUCCUACUGGUAUUUUGCUGAAUGUCAGAAGCAUAGGAGCUAGUCUAAUCAUCUGGGCUGCAUGUGGGAUCUUUAGUAUGCUCGGAGCGUACUGUUAUGCAGAACUUGGCACGAUAAUAGAGCGAUCCGGAGGGGAUUACAUUUAUGUAUAUGAAGCAUUUGGACCAUUUAUUGGAUUUUUGCGUUUGUGGAUGGAAGUAAUGGUCGUAAGACCUGGAACUAUCGCUAUUGUAGCUUUGACAUUUGGGGAGUAUGUUGUUGUACCUUUGUAUCCAGACUGUCCACUGCCCUUUACGUUGAUCAGGAUUUUGGCGGUUUUAUGUAUUACAUUUUUAAGCUUCGCAAAUUCGUUUUCAAUCAAAUUUUCAACCAGAAUACAAGAUAUAUUUACACUUGCGAAACUUGCCGCUCUUAUAAUGAUCAUUGUAACCGGAUUUGUACAGAUUGGAUUUGGUCGUUAUGAAGAGCUGGAAGAACCUUUUGUUGAUUCGGACUGGAGUCCUGGUAAAAUAGCUAAUGCAUUUUACAGUGGCUUAUUUGCUUAUGCUGGCUGGAAUUACUUAAAUUGUAUGAUUGAAGAAAUGAAGAACCCCAGGAAACAUUUGCCCAUAGCAAUUGUGGUAUCGUGCUUACUAGUGACUCUAGUUUACACAGCUGCUAAUGUAGCCUAUGUAACAGUCGUACCAGUUGCAGAGAUUUUGACCACAAGAGCUGUGGCUGUGACAUUUGCUAAUAGAAUAUACGGAAUGUUUUGGUGGAUAAUGCCAAUAUUUGUUGCUUGUUCAACGUUUGGGAGUGCUAACGGAACUAUAUUAACUACAUCGAGAAUAUUUGUUGCUGCUAGUCAGCUCAAACAAAUGCCAGCGUUUAUCAGUUACUUGCACACGGAUCGAUUAACACCUAUUCCGGCUGUUCUGUUUACUUGUAUCGUAUCAAUAAUUUACUUGCUUGCUGGAGAUAUUUUCACACUUAUGAAUUAUAUGGGUUUUGUUCAAUGGUUGGCAAUCGGUCUUUGUGUUCUGAUUGUAGUAAUUUUCAGAUUUACUCGUCCUAAUAUUCAACGUCCGGUUAAGGCUCCUAUAAUAUUCGCCAUUAUCUACUUAGUAGUUACUGCAUCUCUAUUAAUUUUCUCUUUUUAUGGAUCACCUCAAGAAUCAUUAUAUGGUAUUUUGAUCAUUUUAACCGGUAUACCGGUUUACAUACUCGGUUGUGCGUGGAGUCCUAAACCGAAAUCAUUUCAGGAAAAAAUGAUAAACAUCACGAUUGGAUUACAAAAACUUUUCCGUAUUGUACCAUCCAGUUGA